UCAUUUGGGAGCAAGUGUUCGCAUCCAUCAGAACACUUGAGAGUAGGUAAAAGAGAGGCAGAAGAAAAUCGAAAUGACGAAUAGGGUUCGGCUUUCCGCCAGUUUGGCACUCUUGGCUCUGGCACUGUCCUUCGCCGAUGCCUAUGACCCAAGUCCCCUGCAGGACAUCUGUGUAGCAGUCCAAGAACCCAAGAAUGCUUUGUUCGUGAAUGGAAAGUUCUGCAAGAACCCUGUUCUCACCACAGCGAACGACUUCCUCUUUUCUGGCCUCCAAGUUCCUAGAAGCACAGCCAAUCCAGUGGGCUCCACAGUCACCCCAGUGUUCGUGGACCAGCUACCAGGACUCAACACUCUCGGCAUUUCCAUGGCUCGUAUUGACUAUGGAAUAGGUGGUUUAAAUCCUCCGCACAUUCACCCUCGUGGCACCGAGAUUUUGCUCGUCCUGGAGGGCACCCUCUAUGCAGGCUUUGUCACGUCCAACCAACUGAACAAUACUUUCUUUGAGAAAGUCCUCCACCCCGGAGAUGUUUUUGUUUUCCCCAUCGGGACGAUUCACUUCCAGAUCAAUGUUGGAAAGAUCAACGCAGUCGCGAUCGCCGGUCUUAGCAGCCAAAACCCAGGAGUCACCACGGUCGCUAAUGCUCUGUUCAAUGCGAAGCCUCCUAUUUCCCCUGGGGUACUAGCCAAGGGGUUCCAGGUGGAUGAGAAGCUUGUUGAGACACUUCAGAAGAAGUUCUGGUACUACAAUUAGCCUGAGAGAUGUAUUUGACAACGGCGUCAUCUCUGUGUACUUGAUUAAAAGAACUUUAAGUCGUCUGAUGAAGUUCCCAGUUCAAGCAUGAAGAAAGUUCCCUUGUGUAACAUCUUAUAUCGAUUUCAAUAAGACUGUUGUUUUCUGCACCA